GAGUGUGCGAGCGCCAGGGAUUCCAGCUGCACGUCCCAGGUUCUCCAGGGCGCGGCAGGCCAGGGCGGGAAGAGGAGAGCUGCGGGGAGAAAGCCUGUGGCUGGGUCCAGAGGUGCGGGUGCGGCGCGGGACAAGCGGGCAGCAUGCUCAGGGCGGUCGGGAGCCUACUGCGCCUCGGCCGCGGGCUAACAAUCCGCUGCGGCCCCGGGGCGCCUCUCGAAGCCACGCGGCGGCCCGCACCGGCUCUUCCUCCCCGGGGUCUCCCCUGCUAUUCCAGCGGCGGGGCCCCCAACAAUUCCGGGCCCCAAGGUCACGGGGAGAUUCACCGAGUCCCCACGCAGCGCAGGCCUUCGCAGUUCGACAAGAAAAUCCUGCUGUGGACAGGGCGUUUCAAAUCGAUGGAGGAGAUCCCGCCUCGGAUCCCGCCAGGAAUGAUAGACACUGCAAGAAACAAAGCUCGAGUGAAAGCUUGUUACAUAAUGAUUGGACUCACAAUUAUCGCCUGCUUUGCUGUGAUAGUGUCAGCCAAAAGGGCUGUAGAACGACUUGAAUCCUUAACAAGUUGGAACUUGGCAAAGAAAGCUAAGUGGCGUGAAGAAGCUGCAUUGGCUGCACAGGCUAAAGCUAAAUGAUAUUCUUAGUGACAAAGUGUUCACCUGAAUACCAUCCCUGUCAUCGGCAACAGUAGAAGAUGGGAAAAAUAGAAUAUUUACCAAAAUAUCUGCCAUGGUUUUAUUUUGGUAACAAGAAGCACAAUGUCUUUUUUAUUUUUAUUUUUUAGCAAACUUUUACUGAAGUAUACCAUGCAUUCAAAAAGUGGACAAAAGUGUAUACAGUCUGAUAGAUAUUUAUGUCAUGAACACCUGUGUAACCACUGCCAAAGAUGUAGAAUAUUGGCAACACUUCACAGCCUCAUUCCUGCCUUUUCUCAGCCAUUACCUCCCAAACAUAGCAGUUUUUCUGAGUUUCAUCACCUUUGAUUCAUUUUGCCUGUCUUUGAACUUUAUAUAAAUGGAUUCAUACAUUAUGCACUUGUGUGUAUGGAUUCUUUACCUGACAUUAGUUAUAAGGUUAAUCCACAAAUUGUGUGUACCAUUAGUUCAUCCAUUGUCAUUGCUGUACUCUGUUGUAUAAACAUACCACAAUUUAUUUUGAUAUUUGGCACAGUUUCCGGCCGCUACAUAUAAUGCUAAAAUGAGGACAUUGUAUAUGUCAUUAAAAUGAGGUUGAACUAAUUAUUAAGGGCUCAUUAAAAUCAAAACUAAUUUUCAACCAAAAUUUCACUGUAUUUGGCAACUGGGUAGUACCUCUGAUUAUUCUUUUUACAGUUUGUAACUAGGUGAAAUAGGUUGAAUUAUUAAUUCUAAAACCUAUUCCUAAAAUGGUAAAGUACUAAAACAGUAAUUGUAACAGCAAUUUUAAAAACGACAAAAACGUUAGAGAAAAAAAUGAUAUACAUUAAUGAUCCUCAAACUUGCUUAAGCCCUAAAAUAACUUUUUAAAAUUACAUAUCUCAUCCC